AUGAUACAGUACUUGAAGAAUCACAAGAUGUUGCUGCACUCUCAUGAAUCUCCUGUUGGCUCUGCUCAGAGACAAUUCUUUCUAAUUUUACUUCUGAUCUGUUUGAAUUUCAGUUUUAUCGAAGCUUGCACUGAUGGAUCAGUUCGUCUUGUUGGAGGAUCUAAUGAUAUGGAAGGACGUGUCGAAGUAUGCAGAUAUAGUUACUACUUUUCUGGUGGUAUCUAUGGUACUGUUUGCGACAAUUCAUGGGAUACUCUUGAUGCUAUAGUGGUAUGUAGGCAGUUAGGAUAUACAUCAGGGACUGCAUAUAAUAAUUCACAUUUUGGACAAGGAAAUGGAAGCAUAGUAAUGGCUGAUGUCCAGUGUAAUGGAACCGAAUCAUACCUUAUUGACUGCCCUCAUGCAACUUAUAGUUUUUAUUGUGAUCACUCUCAGGAUGCUGGAGUCAGUUGUGAAGGAGAUGAUAGUCAAGGCUCUGGUGUAUCAGUAGGAGCUAUUGUUGGAGGAGUAAUUGGUGGUAUUGUUCUUCUAAUCUGUGUAUGUGCAGUAAUUGUUGUUGCAUGUGCAGUUGUAUUGCGUUUCAAAUCAUCCAGAGCCAAGCAAAAAGCAUCAGUUGAGUAUCCACAGCAGCAGGAGCCACAAGGAUAUGGAGGAACAAACCCUGGUACUGAUGAGUCUGUGGUAUUGCCAAAGUUGUUGGUAAUACCAACUAAUAAAAGAGCUAAAAUGAGAAGGCUAUAGAUCAACUCCAGCCUGUUUACCGUGAAGAAUAGCACUAAGGCGAUAAGAUUCUCUUUGAUAACAAAAACAAAAGACACAACUGUUACAAAGAAAAUAUGCUAACAUGAGAGAGAAAUCUGAGAGAAGAUAAUGUGUUAUGCGCAUGUGCACACAAGUUAUAAUAACAAUAACUGUA